AUGGCGAGGCUCGCGGUCGCCGCGCUGGGCUGCGGCUGCCUCGGCGUCGCCGCCACGGUCGUGCGCGAGCCCGUCAGGGUGCCGGGCUGGCCCGAGCUGAAGGGGACGGAAGACAUGGUGUACGUCAGCGGCCUCGGCGGCAUGGACAUGCGGACCGGGAAGAAGGCGGCGGGCGUAGGCAACGAGACGCGGCAAGCCCUCAGCAGCCUGUCCGAGUUGAUGCAGGCGGCGGGAGGCUCGCUGGAGGACGUGGUGUCUUGCGGCGUGAUGCUGGCAGACCUGAAAAGGGACUUCGGGGAGAUGAACGCGGCGUACGCGAAGUUCUUCCCCAAGAGCCCCCCCAGCCGCGUGGCGGUGCAGGCGGGCCUCGCCGGCGGCUCCGUGGAGAUCAAGUGCAUCGCCUCGCUGCGCGGCGGGAAGGAGGUGGUGGCGGUGCCCGGCUGGCCGUCGAUGGCCGGGAAGGUGCCGCUCUCGAUGGUGACCCGGGCGCACGGCACUGUCUAUGCCAGCGGCAUGCAGGGGCUGAACAUGUCCACCUUCCGUCCGGUGCCCGGCGGCGUUGCCGCGGAGACCGCGCAGACGCUGGCCAACGUGGGCGAGGCGCUGGAGGCGGCAGGCUCGGGCCUCGACCUGGCGCUGGGCUGCGAGGUGUCGCUGGCGGACAUGGCGGCCUACGUCGCCGCCUUCCCCAAGGCGGGCCGCCUGGGCGGCCUCCCCGCGCGCAUCGCCGUGCAGGUGGGCGGCUUGGCGGGCAGCGGCAGGGUCGAGAUUCGCUGUACAGGCGCCACCCCGGGGCUCCGCCCGGUCUUGGUUACCGCCCCCGCGCACUGGAAGUCCGGGCCCGUGCCCUUCUCUUUUGCGACGAAGGCUGGGGGCAUGGUCUACGUCAGCGGCAUGGCGGGCAUCGACAUGGCCACGAUGAGGAUGGCGCCAGGCGGCGUGGGCAACGAGACCCGCCAGGCCCUCUCCAACAUCAAAGAGCUCCUGGAGUCGGCCGGGACCACCAUAGAGAACGUGGUCGAGUGCGAGGUGUCCCUCGCCGACAUGGCCGACUUCAAGGAGAUGAACGCGGCGUACGCGCCCUUCUGGCCCCAGGCGCCCCCAGCGAGGGCCGCGGUGCAGGUCGGAGGCCUCUUCUCGGGAAGGGUUGAGAUCAAGUGCACGGCGGCCGCAGGGGCCGGCAGCGCCGAGCUGGUGGUAUGA